AUGACUUAUGGUUUAGGAAUUGUUGUUGGAAUAGUAAGAUCUGAUAAAGCUACUGGUGUACGGGGAAGAAAAACGUUCGUCAAACUUGGAUGUGAAAGAGGAGGGAAAUAUUGGAAAUACAAAGCCGAUGCAGUCCCCAGUGUAUACAACACUCGUAAAUGUGAGUGUCCAUUUAGAUUAAAGGGUAAACCAUGUUUAGAUGGGGAUGGAUGGGUGUUGAAUGUGAUGUGUGGACAUCACAACCAUGAGUUGGCUGAAACUUUAGUUGGGCACCCUUAUGCUGGCAGGUGUGCCGACGAUUCAAAGGUUAUUACUGACUUGUUUUGGACAUAUCCUGAUGCGAUGAAAUUGUUAAACUCAUUUAAUGUUGUAUUUAUGAUGGAUUCCACAUAUAAAACAAACAGAUAUAGACUUCCAUUGCUUGAGAUUGUGGGCAUGACAUGUACAGGUUUAAUCUUCUCAGCAGCAUUUGCUUUCUUGUCUACUGAAAGACAGAGUAAUUUCACAUGGGCUUUGGAAAAGCUGAAAGGUUUAUUUAUAACAUCUGAGGGUUGUCCUAAAGUCAUUGUCACAAAUUGA